AUGGAACUUCAAGGCUCUUGUCAUUGUGAAAAAGUUAAAUUCAAAGUAAAGUCCAAUACACCUGUACCAUAUAUGAGAUGUUAUUGUUCCAUAUGCCGUAAACUUGAUGGUGGAGGUGGAUAUAGUACUAAUAUUAUGGGAUUGAAUGGUACACUUGAAGUUGACGGAAUGGAAAAUGUCAAAUUAGUUUGCAUAAUGUUAAAAGAUAAAGCUGAUUGGGCUGAAGUUCCUGAUUCAAGUGAAGCUGACUUAUUUGAUGAAUAUCCUGAUAAAUCAAUUGAGGGAAUUACAGAAACUAAAGAGGACGCAGCGAGAAUAGCAAGAAAUUUGGUAAAUGAAACAGGAUAUGGAACUCUUGUUACUAUUAUGAGCGAAAAUGAAGAUCAUAUGAAAGGAUAUCCACUUGGACUUCUUGAAUAUUUAUCAGAUGAUUGUCCAUCCACUGGAGAUCCAUUAUUACUUUUGAGUCAUGUGCAGCUAAAUGUUCGCAAUGCUUUUGAUGAUGGACUGAGAGCUUCUCUGUCGAUUCGUAAAUUAAGUUGCAAGAAAUCAUUUUUUCCUUUCGCUGAACCAAGAUUAAAUUUAUUUGGUAAAAUAACAAGGGUUAACGAGAGUGAGGAGAAUGAUGUUAAGAAUUGUUAUCUAGAGAAACAUCCAAAAGCUCGUUAUUGGCUUCCUGGCAAAGUUCAUUCAUUUCAUUUCUAUCGAUUUAAAGUUCAAGAUAUUUAUUUUAUUGGAGGAUUUAUUGAAGAGAAACUAUAUCAUGAGACAACUCUAGAUGGUGGUUCUGAUGAUAUUUGUGAAGAAUGA